GCCAUACCCAAAGAUCCCGACGUUGGCCGCCGGCCGCGGGUGUCGGAGCCGCCAUGCUUUGUACUCGGUACUCGUCGAGCUGCCUUCUUCGGCUUCACAGGUCGCACAGGCGGCCGAGCCAUCGGCCAGCCUGGGGACGGGCUGCGGCAAGAAGCUCCAGCAGCAACCCCUGGUGGAACGAGGAGCUUGAGAGGCGACAGAAGAGACCCUUGCGACCCUUGCAGCCCACGCAGGCACCGCGGGAGGCGACCCCAAGUACGUGGCCGACCCAAGACCGUGGCUCCGAACGGCAGGACUGGCAAGAGAGUGCCAGCAGUUUGCAGCUCUUCGCCUAUCCCGAGGAUCGUCGCAUCCCUUGGGCCUCCCUGUCACUGCUGGUGACCUCAGCUUGUGCCACCUUGGCUGCUGCAGGACUCUGGCAACAGGUGCUGGGCUCAAGCUCUAUGGAGGAGCUCGAAGAGCGUCUGGAGCGCUUCACAAACACUCUGAAGGCUUGCUCGGCCAAGUGGCCACUGCAGGUCCACGAGCUCCACGGGCUUCUCUUGGCCUCGCUGCUGCGCGCCGGCGAGCUGCCGAACCGUGCGCUGAGUGAUUUGGCGCUCCUGCUCUUUGGGGGUACGUUGCUUGAACGUCUCUAUGGUGCACCCUUCAUGUUGCUUUUCUUGGGUGUCAGCACGAUGCUGAGCAACGCGAUGGCCAUGGCCAUCCAGCAGCGCUUUGUGGAAGGCGUGGAAGGUUUGAGCUCCACGAGUGGCGGAUUAGUGGCCCUGGGCACCUUCUGCGCUUUGCGACAUCCACGCUGGGCGAUCUGGCCAGGUGUUCCGAUCCCUGUUUCCUGGCUCAUGGCGCCCGUGGUGGUGGCUGACCUCUCUUUGGCCUGGGCAUAUCGUCAAGAGUUAAAGGCCUUCGAGUCAGCACAGGCAGGUGAUGCCCAUGCUCGUGAUGAUCACGCAGGCGCCGAGCGUGCAAUGGCUCUAGCUGCAUGCAUCGCUCUCGAGGCACAGGCUCGGGCGGAGUGCCGCCCGGUCUGGGAAGAGCUGCGGGAGCGGCGGGAAGAGUUGGAACUGGCAGCUGAAGAGGAUGUCCUACCACCCGAGGCUACACUUUGGGCUGAUCUUUCGGGCAUCUUAAUUGGGACAACAACUGUAAUUAUGUUAUCAUUAUUGAAAUAAAAA